AUGGAAACCGCUACUGGGGAUCUGGGGAUCUCGAAUGAGACGUACGAGCACUAUCGAAUUAACUUUACGAGGAAAGGAGGGGGAGGGGCAACAGCGAGUACUAGGAAGGGUUCGUCGAGGAAGGCGAGGGAGAGGAAGGUGAAGGAUAGGGAGAGGAGGUCUGCGAGGUCUGCGUCUAUGGCUGCGGCCAAGAAUCAGCAAAAUGGUCAACCCGUUGCUGGAACGUGCGCGUCUGCGUCGGCUGGACCAUUGCAUGUCCCGGGGUUCGAGUUGGAUCUGGAGAGUCUGUCAGAUUUGGAUGACGAAGAAGACGAUCAUCCUCCCUCGACUUCCGCUGCGAUCCCGUCGACAUCUCGAGCACCCAACAACUUCCAAUUACCACCAUCAUACCUAGCAGGUCCCGGCGUGAAACGCCCAAUCGGUCCCUUCCUUCCUCCCCCUCCUCGCACACCCAUCAACAGAUCCAUCACUCCCGUCGACCUCAAACGCAAAAUCCAAGAACUCGAAGCGACACUCAAAGAGCGAGACAGAUCCCUCAAGAAACAGCACGAAGACCGCGUAAGAGGGGAUGCUCGUGCCUGGCUGCUCAAAGGUCAACUACGGGACUCGGAUAAACGUCUGAAGGAGUUGACCGCCAGACUUAACGAAGGAGGGCUCGGAGCACGCGAUGCGCUCCUUCAAGAACGGGAGGCCCGUGUACAGGAGCUUGAUCAGCUUUUGAAAGAACGCGAUACGAGGCUUGAAGAACUCGAAUCUCGUGUUGAGGGGCUACAUACCCGUCUUCAGGACCCAUCCUCAAAGGGAGACGACCGACUUCGUGAACGCGAAGCACGUAUUGAGGAACUCGAAGCUAGGUUUGAACAGAGGCGGGACUCGUGGAUCUCAGAAGAACGCGAACGGGACGCCCUGAUCUUUGAACAGGACGUCCAAAUCCAAGACCUCAACAAUCGCUUAUCGGAACGCCGCGAAGACGAGAACCGCGUAUUGGAUACGCGGAGGGUGGAGGACCUUGAGAGAAGGUUGCGUAUCCAGGAACAGUUGAGGAUUCAGGAGGAGAGGAUGAGGAUUGAGGAGGGGAGGUUGUAUAGGCUUCGGGUGGAUGAGUUGGAGGGGAUGGAUAUUGGUUCUAGGGAACAAGAAUGUGCGCAGCGCGAAUUUGAAGUACGGGACCGGGAAAAGGGGGUCAAGGAGCGCGAGAGGGGGGUUAAAGAGCGUGAAAAGGAUAUGAGGGAGAAGGAACGUGAGUUCCGAGAAAGGGAGAAGGAGACGCGGGAGAGGAGGGAGAGGGAGAAGGGUGUUGGGAGGCUUGAUAUGGCAAGGUAUACGCCUGUUGCGUUGGAUGAGGAUGGGGAGAGGGAGUUGAGGGAGUUGAAAGAUGAGAUGGAUGGCAAACGAUCCUUACGCACGGCGUGCAAGUCCUCCUCCUCAAGCUCCUCUCCGACCUAG